ACUUCAGUAUACCAUGAAUGCAGGAUGCAGCCAGUCAUAUAAAGGAUUCUCUUCUUCACAGAAUGGAAGAAAGACGUGAAGCACAAACCUGAAUGCAACCUGAAAGGUCCAAGUAGAUGAGCUUGUGACAUCCUGUGCCAGUGCCCAGUGCAAAAAUCACUGAGUGAUUAUGCUUCCAAAUGCAUCUAAUAAAACAGAAAAUAAAUUAAUGGACUUUUUUAUAAAUAAGGUUGUGCUGCAAGGUUGCACAGCUUAAGAUACAGGCAUACCACAUACCCCAGCUGUGCCUAUUCAGAUCUGGACAACACUGAUUAAGACAACCAAAAAUUUCUUCUCUCCCUGCUGUCACAAAAAAUAAGUGGGCCAAGCUGAAUGUCAGAAUGCAAGUCAUUACUAUUAUAAUACUACUUCUUCUUUGUAAAGCAUCUGACUUUAGGAAGACAAGGAAUAGGAAUUUGAGAAAAAAUGAAAGGGAAAACAUCUUAAGAAGAGCAUCUAGCACCGUUAAGCGCAAUGCCCAAGGCCUACCAUGUGAUAUAUACGUUUAUCUUCAUGAAAAAUACCUAGAUUGUCAGGAAAGAAAAUUGGUUUUCGUGGCACCUGAUUGGCCUGAGGAUUUGAAGCACAUGCUGCUAGCAAGAAACAAGAUUCGUAAAUUGAAGAAUAAUAUGUUUUCUAAGUAUAAAGUAUUGAAAAGUCUGGAUUUACAGCAGAAUGAUAUAUCAAAAAUUGAGAGCCAGGCUUUCUUUGGUUUGAAUAAACUUACCACACUCCUACUCCAGCAUAACCAAAUUAAGAGUUUAUCUGAGGAGAUUUUUAUCUAUACACCCAGUCUAAACUACCUACGCCUUUAUGAUAAUCCCUGGCAUUGCAAUUGUGAACUAGAAACUCUUGUUACAAUGCUACAGGUUCCAACAAACAGGAAUUUGGGAAAUUAUGCCAAGUGUGUGCACCCAAUAGAACUGAAAAAUCAGAAGCUAAAACAGAUAAAAGCUGAACAGCUAUGUAGUGAAGAGGACAGGCAAGAUCCACAAAACAUAAAACAGAAGCCUGAAGCUACCAAACCAGACUUUGAUUCUUCUUUGUGCCACAUGUAUGUGUUUCCUGUACCAACUCUGAACUGCAAGAGAAAAGAUUUAAAGAAAGUUCCAGGUAACAUACCUCCAGAUAUAAUUAAACUUGAUUUGUCCAACAACAAAAUUAGACAACUACGACCCAAAGAGUUUGAAGACGUCAGUGAAUUGAAGAUAUUAAACCUAAACAGUAAUGGAAUAACUUACAUUGAUCCUGCUGCUUUCUCGGGGCUCAAUAACUUGGAGGAGCUGGAUCUAUCUAACAACAGCUUGCAGAAUUUUGAAUAUGGAGUACUGGAAGAUCUUUACUUUCUGAAAAUUCUGUGGCUGAGAGAGAAUCCUUGGAGAUGUGAUUACAACAUUCAUUAUCUUUUCUACUGGUUGAAGCAUCACUACAAUGUCCACUACAAUGGCCUAGAAUGCAAAAUGCCUGAGGAAUACAAAGGAUGGUCUGUCGGAAAAUAUGUUCGGAGUUAUUACGAAGAGUGUCCAAAAGACAAGCUGCCCAUUUAUCCAGAAACUUUUGAUUUGGACAAAGACGAUGAGGAAUGGGAACGACACAAAGAAAAGUCAGUUCAAACAGUUAAAAAGCACAGUGUAAUUGUCACUGUGCUAGGCUAAUAAGGAAACUUUUUUUUUUUGUACACUCAAAUAUUUGGUACUCUGACAAAAAAGAAACCCAACACGCUGUUUACAUUUUUGUUAAUUAUACCAAUUGCAAGACUAUUUGCCUACAAAGAUUUCUGUUUAAUGCAGUUAAUAAGCACAGAAUGGCAUCAGUUACACAGCAUCCUUCAAUAAGUAAUUGUUUCUGUCAAUUUGCUCUGCACAUGCUUGUGAAAUUUUCUGGUAAAAAUUCAAAACUAUGCAGUAGAAAUGGAUAGACACAAAUGUAGAUAUGUGGUGAGGAGGAGUGUAUGAACAUUAUGUAUGAAUGCAGUUUAUGUGUUGACAUGGACUUGCUGCAGGAUUGUGACCAACACACAACUUUCUUGAAUGUAUUGCCAAUUCUUUGUAUCUAUUGGUUUCCUGAAAUAUUCCCAGAAAACAUUUUUAAGAUUUUGUAUCAGA